GCACGAGUAUACAAAUGCACAAAUAAAACAGUUCUAUUUUGCAUUUGAAACUGGAAGCGGUAAUAUGUCACGAAAACUCAUAUUAAUAUUAAGUUUACUUUUAGUAUUUUUACUCACAGCUGUUAAGGCACAUAAUGUAAGUAAAAAUGAACAAAAAGUAUGCGCAUUACAACACCGAUCGGGUAGUAAACAUUUUCCCUCGAAUUUUAAAUUUGGUGCAUCAACAGCAGCCUAUCAAAUAGAGGGUGGCUGGAAUGAAGAUGGUCGUGGUCCAUCCAUAUGGGAUACAUUUACACAUCAACAUCCGGAAAUGAUUGAUGAUCAUUCGACGGGAGAUGAAGGACCAGAUUCUUAUCAUAAAUUUGACAAAGAUCUAGAAGCUUUAAAGGAAUUAAAAGUUCAUUUCUAUAGGUUUUCUAUAUCAUGGUCACGGAUAUUACCAAAUGCUGACAUUUCGUCUAAAAAUCAAAAAGGUAUUGAUUACUAUAACAUGAUCAUUAAUAAGCUAUUAGAAAAUGGCAUAGAACCCGUGGUUACCAUGUUUCAUUACGAUUUACCUGAAUCCCUUAAUCUGUAUGGUGGCUUUACCAACCUCGAACUUAUUAAAUAUUUUACUAAUUAUGCCAAAUUAUUGUUUGAAACCUAUGGCGAUCGUGUCAAGGUAUGGAUUACUUUCAAUGAACCCUAUGACUACUGUAUUCCCGGCUAUGGUGAUGGCAACUACCCGCCCAUGGGUCACGAUCAUGGUGUAGCCGAUUAUUUAUGCAUGGAUACCACUCUUAAAGCACAUGCUGAAGUUUAUCGUUUGUACAGGCAGAACUUUUUCGAAAAGCAAAAGGGAAAGAUCGGCAUGACUUUGAGCACUCGAUUUUAUUUUUCCAAAACUAACAAUUCUUCUAUAAUAGAUCGCGCUAUGCAAUAUUCGUUGGGCUGGUUGGCUUAUCCUCUGUUUGGUGAAACCGGCAAUUAUCCACAAGUUAUGUUAGAUGAUAUUGCCAAAAAUAGUGAGGAAGAGGGGAGAGCAUGGUCUCGUCUGAGAAGUAUAGCGGAAAAUGAGAGAGAUAUUAUUAAACAUUCUGCAGAUUUUCUAGGUCUCAAUUAUUACACAUCGCGUUAUGUAGAGGAAGCUAAUCCAGCACAGGGUAAAAAGCCUUCUUGGCAAUAUGAUUCACGUUUGAAGUAUGAACUGGAUGUCAAAUGGAAGAGAGGAAAAUCUAAUUGGUUGUAUUGUGUUCCCGAAGGUCUAGAGGGUUUGUUAAAUUGGAUCAAAAACAAUUACAAUAAUAUUGAAGUUAUUAUAACUGAAAAUGGUUGGUCCGAUGAUGGCCAGUUGGAUGAUAUGGAACGUAUUGACUACCUCAAAGCUCAUUUACAGGCUGUUUUAAAUGCCAUUAACAUGGGCUGUAACGUAACACGCUAUACGCAUUGGAGUUUAAUCGAUAAUUUUGAAUGGCAGCGGGGUUACACCGAAAAGUUUGGAUUGUAUUAUGUGAACAUAUCUAGUGCAGGCAAGGAACGUAUUGCCAAAUAUUCAGCACGUUAUUAUAAGAGUGUUAUUGAAAGUAAAAUAAUACCGGAUUUUGUUGCGGGAAAUUAAAAUUUAAGUAAAGAAAUAAAGUUUAUUAAACUAUAUAUAUACAUAUGUAUGCAUAUUAAUGUGACUGUGUAAAUAUAAAAAAAUAA